AAUUCUCCUUUCGAAUGCAACUUUCGAAAUGCCACUGAAAUUUUUUUGUCCAUUCGGAAACAUUUUGAGUCUUCAGAAAAAGUUUGUUUUAAAAGUUUUGAGGUAAAUACGAACUUGUUGUCGUUUCUAAUCGACUUAGUAUCAUUAUUAAAUAUUGUAGAAGAGAUUUCAGUCCAUUUGGAUUACAGCAGUGCUUGGACAGGAAAAUUCAUCAUUAUUUCCAGAAAUAUGAGUCACGAACAUCUAAAACAACACUUGCCAUUCAUUGUUGAAAUGAUAGAAAGUGUCAAAACAGUAGAAUUUAGACAGAAAUGGCAAAUUAUGAAGGAAUUAAUCGAAAGCAAUAAGCUCACAACGAAGCAAAUUGAAACGAUUGAAAUAAACAUUAAAAAGGCAAAGGAGUUAAAGGAGCAAUACAAAAAGACAAUUGUGUAUACAAGUCUGUCUAAUAUUAGCACAAAGAAUGAUAAAGAAACAACAAAAACAGAAAAUGUUCCUGUUGAAACAGUUCCAAAAACUGAAAUUACAGCUGCUAAGGCAGAGUUGAAAGUCAAAAAGCAAAUGAAGGAGUUAAGGAGAUUGCAUGAAAACAUUGUAAAAGAUGAGAUACCACUUCCAACAAAAAGAAGAUCUGCGCUAAAGAGAUCUUAUCGCGAUUCAUUGGAAAUGUUAUUGGAUAAAAGUGAUGACUUUCCUAAUUUAAAGAAGAGAAAGUCAGAAACUGAUUUUGAUAGGAAAUCAGCAAAAGAUGAUUCAAUUGUCAAUCAAGAAGUCGCUAAAUCAAGUUUAAAAAUAUCUCGAAAGAGUUUGGACGAACCGAAAGUUCCUAAGAUUGUUGUAGAAAAUCGCAGGUCAUUAGGAAAUCCAAGAAAGAUUAAGAAUAGUUUAAAGUCGGCUGAAAAUGUUGAAGAAAUUUUAAAGAUUAACGAACCAAUCGAAGCUCCAGUACCAAUAUCAAAGUCUGUUGGAAAGGUCUCGAAAAAGUCUCUCGAUCCAAUUGAAGAUCCAAUAAAACCACAAAUAAAACGCAAAUCAGUGGAAAUUUCAAAACCACCUGCAGAAAAAAGAAAAUUAAAAGAAGUUUGCGAAGUAGUUAAACAGAAUCGCAAAUCAAUUGAAAAUGAAAAGCUCGAGCAAAAUUCUACAGUUGCUGAACAUAAAAUUUUAACUUUAAAAGUUAAAAAAUCUACCGAAUCUGUAGAAGUUAAAAACAAAGUUUCAAAAUUGAUUGAAGUUACAAAAUCUGCGCCAACAAUUCUUGAAAUAAAAGCUUUUGAAGAAAUUUCAAAACCAUUUAAAAUAUUAAAAUCUCCACAAGAAAUAAAAAAUUCUGUGGAUGUUGAUAAAAUUGUGAAAAGAAAGCCUAAGGUUUCUAAACAUUUAUCAGAUGCAGCAAAACCUAUAGUCCAAGUUUCAAAACAAAAUGAGUCUCCAAAAGUUGUUCAAAAAGAGGACCAACCAAAACCUUUGGAAUUAAAAAAAUCUUCAAUGGAUAAACUUCGUAAAAAGAUCCAGAAACAUCAAAAGAAAGAAGUUUUAAAGAAAAAGAGUCGAGCAACAUUAUUGACUAAAAGAGCUUCAAUUAAUAAAGGCGGCAAGCUUGAUGACGAUGAAUGGGAGGACUUAGAUGAUACCGGCAAUUCUGAGUUCGAAAACGAAAUGGAUUCAGGAAGUGAAGAAGAAUUUAAACAAAUUGUAAAGAAUGUUGAUAAAAAACAAGAUAUUCCUGCAAAAUCAGAAAUUAAUAUUACUUUCACAGAAAAAGAAAAACUUUCCGCUCCAAUAAGAGAGGACGUUAAGAAACCAGCAACAUCCAAAAAUCAUAUAAUCUCCAAAAAAGUUCAAAAUAUGUCGUAUAUUCCUUGCAAAACAGGCUUUAUAUUCAAGUGCUUAGUUCAAAAUUGUAAGUUUCAAACAAUGGACAGUCCUGCCUUUGUUGAUCACAUUGAAAAUGAGCAUUUAACAAUUAAAUGGUUGGGACAUUGUGAUAUUUGCAAUAAUAAAGUUGAAGCAACUCGUUCAAUAAUUUUUGAGCUGAUGCAUAUGAGAGAAAAUCACGUGCUUAAAGAAGAUUCAAAUUCUGACAAUUUACCUGAUAUAACAGAAUAUUUGGAACCUGAGAUUGUAAAAAUGCAAGAAGUUGUCAAAUCAGAAAAUGGAACCAAGAAUGAUUUCAAGAAAGAAAUAAAAACUCCGGAGAUAAAAUCUGUUGAGAAAGUAGCUCUGGUUGGAAAGAAGAUUGACAUUGGCAAAAUAAAGCUAAUCCCUUAUAAAGGAACUCCGCUAUCACCGAAAUCACCAGAGUUGGAGAUUAGGAAAUCAAUCAAAUCAACAGAUUCAAAUCAAUCAAGUUCUUCUGAACAAGAUACACUUAAAUCUGCAGCAGUUCUUUCAGCUAAAAAGGAUAUCCAGCCAGAAAUUCCUAAAGCAUCUAACAGUAUUGAGACAAACAAAAAACAGCAAGAAGUCUCCGUAAAUAUACCUGAUGGCAAGCAAAAAAUAAUAAAGCACAUAAUUGUCAAGCCAGCGCAAGAUAAGGAAUCCAGUCCACUUGUUGUGAAACCAAAACAACCAAUUGGAGCUGCUCAAAAGACGACACAGUCUGUCUAUACAAAAUCACAAACGACCAGUGGAGAGCAAAAAAUAGUUAUUCAAAGACAAAAGUCUACAGACAGUCAAAAGGAUAUGAGCAGUGCUGAUUUGCUCCGUCCGUGGUUGAAAAGGAAAGUUAAGAAAUAUUUAAUGCCAACUACAAGAUUCUUAAAUAAUGUUGGAGCUAUCAUUUCAACUUACAAGUGUAUGUCUUCGAAAUGUUCAUUUUACACCAUAGAUCGGGAUCUGUUUAAUGCUCACUUGAGAUUUCAUGAGACACACCAGACAAGUGAUCGAGAUUAUAUGAAUUGCUCGUACUGUGAUCACAUCUUUAAUGAAAAAGAUCAAGUAAUGGCAUUAGUAGAUCAUAUUGACAGUGAACACUGUUUUGACAAGUUUCAAUGUAAGUACUGCUUUUAUCGCAGCUGUGUCAGCCUUAAUGUUAUUAAUCAUCAACGUAUUUAUCAUGCAAUGAAGCCCAAAUCAGUUUACGAAUUAGAAUGCGAUAAAAAUCGAGAUUACGAACAGGAAUUAGCAACAGUUAAAAAAUCACGAUUACGAUGCGUUCCUCCACUUAGUUGUGUCAAAUGCAAUGCAAAAUUCUAUCUGUUCCCAAAAUUGUCAGCACACAUGCAAACGCAUGGACCAAAUAUUAAGACAAAGUGCACAAAAUGUUCAAAAGUCUCUGAUUUGAGCAACAUUCACACUCAUUUCAUAAAUUGUCACAAUCUAGGUCUAUAUCAAUGUGUAUUUUGUGUUUUUGGAUCUAAUAAUUUUGACAAUAUCAUCAAUCAUAUUGGAAACUGUCAUCCUUCAAAGCCUCCAAUUUAUUGCGAGCGAUCGAAUGAUAAAGCUGAUGAGGUUAAUCCAGCAUCAAUUGAAUCAACAUGCUUAAAGUUCCUAACUCAACAAGUCGACCACAGAAUCGUUGAAACACCAAAAAUCAAUCCAGAAAUUUUGAGAAAUGAAAAGAAUGUUGGCGAUCUUGGUGGAAACCUCAAAAUCUAUCCAACGACCAAGAUUAAAACUCCAUCACCCAAUAAAGAUUCACAGCCCGUUAAAAAAGCUCCAGAAGCAAAAUUAGGUUCAGCACUCAAAAAAGUCGAAUCAAAAAUGGCAGGAACAACCGACCUUGUUAAGCAAAUUGAAACAAUUAAAAAGAAGACUCAGCGAGUUCAAGGAAUAAGCAAUGAGAAGACAACAGGACUUCAAAUUAAGAGCGUUUUUUCAUUAAAUAAGUUUUAAAAUUGCUUAAAUGAUUUUGAAUUGUAAAUUGUGUGAAAUAAGAUUGCGAAUAAAGAAUAACC